AUGGGUGAUCAAGGAGGAAACAAUUCUAACGGAGCUAAUCAGCCUUCUGGACCUUUUAACUUCGCCAAGAAAGUUGCCAUGACUCUGUAUACUAGAGAGUUAGAGAAUUUAAGGGAUUUUCUGCAGCAAGAGAUUGACAAGAGAAAUAAUCAGAUUGAGUACGAAAGAGUUCGUGAUGGAGGUUAUGGUAGUGAAACUGAAACAGACAGUGAGUAUAUCAAUGGGUACAACAAUGAUGAGAUGGGCAUCGACGACGACGAUAGUAGUCAGCAUAGUAAUGAGAAUAGCGAUGGGCUUGUGUUUGAUACUGUUAUGCAGAUGGUAACUAGUAACAGUUUUAAGGUGUUAAGGUGUUUGCAGGGGUCUGGAAGGUAUGACAAGGAUUUGGAGAGUUCAAAUGUGAAGCCUACAUACAGAACUAUGUAUGAAUUCAUUCCAGAAUUGGCCUGUUGGUAUCACCGACUAUGCAGCAACUGGUCAUUUCAAAAACCCUAUUUUAAGAAAGAGAUUCAAGAAAAGACCUUGGGAAGUAAAGCUGCUGCAGAUCUGCUAGAGAAAUCGAAGCCCCCUUACUGGUUUUCAGCUCAUCUGCAUUGCAAGUUUGCAGCAUUGGUGGCAUGGGGAGAGUGGCCCAGACACGAAAUUUCGGGCAGGAUUAUUUUAUCUCAAAUAAGUGCAGGUUCAUUUAUCCCACUAACAUGGAUUCUGAUGUUUGGAUUACCUGAAGAUCCCUCCACCGCAUUCAAACAUGGUCUUGUUUUGUUCAUCAUUGGUCUGUGCACGUCAAGGAAUGCCGCUGCUACAAACAGUCCAAUAUUUGCAGAGAUAGUUCCUGCGAAAUCUAGAACGAGCAUUUAUGCUCUGGAUAAAUCCUUUGAACAUGUACUAUCAUCUUUUGCUCCUCCAACAGUCGGACUUAUAUCCCAGCAUGUUUUUGGUUAUACACCUGCUCCUCGAGGGUCAAGUCAAUCAGUUGAGGUCGAAACAGAUAGAAAAAAUGCAGCCUCACUAGCUAAGGCACUCUACACGUCAAUAGCUAUUCCAAUGGUUAUUUGUGUCCUCAUUUACUCCUUCCUUUACUGUUCCUACCCUAGAGAUAGAGACCGUGCAAAAAUGAGAGCACUUACUGAAUCUGAAAUGGAGCAGUUGGGGUCCGAAAAACUUUCAAGAGAAAGAAAAUACUCGCAAAUUCGGACUUCUGAAGGUUAUGGAAUGGAAACUGUGAUUGAACUGGAUUAUGAUGUAACGGAUGGCCUCGAAGUCGACGAUAGUGACGAGAAGGCCCUACUUACCCAUGAGCAAUUAUGAUAGCCUGAGUUUA